AUGAAGACGCUACUAGUUAUCGAUGUGCAGAACGACUUCAUCACGCCGGACCACUCCAUGUACGUGCCCCAAGGCGAAGAAGUUGUUUCCCCCAUUGUCGAGCUCAUGAAGGACCCCCAAUGGCACCGUGUGGUGGUCUCCAGGGACUGGCACCCGCAGAACCACAUCUCCUUCGCGAAGAACCAUGGUGUCGAGGACUACACCGAGACCACGUACAAGUCCCCACGCCCAGGCGACGACUCGACACAGCCGGCAACUCUAUGGCCAGUGCACUGUGUCCAGAACACCAGAGGUGCCCAACUGGCACCUGACAUCCUCGAGCUGGUCAACUCGAAGCACAUCAAGAUCGUCGACAAAGGGUACUUGUCCAAUUGCGAGUACUACAGUGCGUUCAACGACACCUGGGAGUGGCACAAGACUGAGCUCGACGAGUACUUGAAGAAACACCACACCACAGAGGUCUACGUCGUGGGUCUCGCCCUCGACUUUUGCGUCAAGAACACAGCCAUCAGCGCGGCAAAGCUGGGCUACGACACCACCAUCCUGAAGGACUACACUAAGCCCAUCUACACAGACGAGGACCACCAGCAACAGCUCGAGAAAGACCUCAAGGAACACAACGUCAAGGUCAAAUAG